AUGUCCUACUCAUCUGAUGAAGAAGAUUAUCAAGAAGAAGAAGAAGAACCUUUUUCCUCCUCAUCACCAUCAUCACCAUCAUCAUCCUCUUCUGGAGACGAAGAAGAAGAAUCAACAGAUGAUCGAUAUGUGAGAGUGGAGGGUAAUAAUCCAAAGAGAAAAAACCUAAAUGUCACCAGCAAUAGCAGUAGCAGCAAUAUGAAUUUUAUUCAAAGCAAUUUUAAUGAUCAUCAUUAUAUUUAUCCUGAUUCUGAUCUAAAUUAUGGUUAUUUUCUUAAUACUACUGCUAAUAGAAGAAGUAGUAGUAGUGGUGGUGAUAAGAAGACUGGAGCAGCUGCAUUUACAUUUACUGCAUCGGGACAACCGUUUGGAAUUUCUGGUGGUGGUCUUGGUGGUGGUGAUCAAACUCUAAUUUCCUCAUCAAAUUCAAAUAGUUUUUCUUCUUCAAAUUCAACUCUGUGUGGUGGUUUCAAGUUUGAUGAUACUUCUAAAGUCCUGUGUAGUCAACAAAAACCAAUAUUUGGUUCUUUUAAUACUUCUCAGCCUUUUGGUACUAAUAGUGGUGAUGAUCAUCAAGCUACUAACAAUUCAAAUAGUUCAAAUACUCAUAAUGCAUCAUCCACUUCAUCAUUGGCAGCAUCGGAAGAGAAAUUAUUUGUCUUUGGAAGUGUUCCAUCAUCCUCAUCCUCUUCAUUAAGCCACUCACCAACAAAGACAAUGCAUAGAAGAGGCAUAAAUGUUGCAUCCAAGAAUAGGAAUGAAAAUAUUGAUACCAUAUUCAAUUCAUUGCCAAAACCUCCUACUUUUGGUUAUCAACAAGCAGUUGAUCAAAAAGAUAGUACCACUGGUGAUUCUUUAACAGAGAUGAAGGACAGUGAUGCUGUGGUGAAAAUUCCUGAUUCUCUGGGAGGAGUCAAAACCAUAUAUUGUCACAAGACUGUGCUCUCCAGUGCUUCUGAAAUGUUGGAAGUAAAUUUUGGACCCAAUUGGAGCAAUGAAGAGGAUGAAGAUGGAAGAGCCAUCAUCAAUGUUGAACAUCUCAUUGAAGUUGCCUCAGAUCCAAGUGUAAUGGAAUUUAUUAUCGAGUAUGCCUAUGGAAUUUUUGCACCAAUCAAGGUUUCUUCCAAGCAAGUAAUUCCACUCAUUAAGGCUGCACAUUUCUAUAGAAUUCAGGGCCUUCUCGAUGAGUGUCUCUACUUGUGUGUGAAUAGGGACAAGCUCUCCUUUUUCGAAGUGGCCGAAUCUCUAGAGGAUCAUUUCGAAGACGAAACCAUGGAAGCUUUUGAGGAUGUUAUGGUAGAAAUUGGAACUGCCAAUUACCCCUUCAUUAUUGGAGCAAGUGAUGAAGAAUUAAUGAAAUUGCCAAAGAGAAUGCUUAUUAAGAUGUUCAGAAAGAUUUACAAAACAUACAUUCCAAAUAUCAAAACCUUGUAA